UAAAGUGCUCGAGCUGUCGCUGCUGAGGUAAAGCUUCACCGGUUAGUUUGUGGACUGUUUGUUUUAAUGGAAAAAUUCAAAAUGAGCAGAAGAACGAGUUCUCUUCUGUUUAAGGCGCUAGUAGAUGUGAAGGAUGGUAAACUUUUAAAGGCUGUGCGUGGAAACCAUAGAAGAGCGCAUUUUAGGCAUUUGGGAUCUUGUGGGAUCCUGGCAGAAAGGAGAACCAGCUUUCAGCUCCGCCCUACUCUUCCCAUGAGGUCCACCAGGCGCACUUUCAUCAGCCUGGCUGCUCCCAUCAGUAACCGUAGGAUGGAGUACACUGAGAGCAGGAUAUUAGAGUACACUCCAGAAGAGAUGUACAACGUGGUGGCUAACGUGGAAGAGUACAAGUAUUUUGUUCCCUGGUGCAAGAAGUCUCGAAUGGUGAAGGGACCGAAUGGUGACAUCCUGGCAGAACUGGAAAUCGGUUUUCCUCCAAUCACUGAGAGAUAUACAUCUAAGCUCACGUUUGUUCCUAACCACCAAGUCAGAGCUGUGUGCUCUGACGGAUCGCUCUUCAGCCAUCUUGAAACGAUGUGGAGGUUUGCCCCCGGAGCCAAAGACCUACCAGGCUCCUGCAAGGUGGAUUUCUCUGUGUCCUUUGAGUUCAAGUCUCUGCUGCACUCUCAGCUGGCCUGCGUUUUCUUCGACGAAGUUGUGAAGCAGAUGGUCAGUGCCUUCGAGUCCCAUGCAGCAACACUUUACAGAAACAAGCGAGUCGCUUCAUUGAGGAGUCGCGCAGCUCUGAGCAAACAGCUCUGACCUCUGCAGUGACCUUAUUCUCUCUGGAUUUGACCAAAACCCAGCCAUCAAGCUGCUUUAACCAGUCAACACUUGACCAUUGUCUAAGACCAGUUCUCCUCUUUGCACACAGCUAUGUUUUAUUGAUAUGUAAACAGAAAGUACUCAAACUGUAUUUAUUUUUUGAGCCAAAUUUUAAUUUAUUUAUAUUCUGUACAUUUGUAUUUAUUUUUCUGAAAGUGGUAAAUGUAUAGGGUAAGUAAAUCAAAUAAAAAGUUGUUUUAAUGAUUGAA